AUGCCGUCGAAGAAGAUCAUCAAGAAGAAGAAGGUGGCCCCAACUCCGGCGGCGUUCAAAGGCAAGGCUGAAGAAAUCGCGCCGAAGAACCCGCUGUUCGAGCCGCGCCCGCACAACUACCGCAUCGGCCAGCACAUCCAACCCAAGCGCGACCUGACCCGCUUCGUCAAAUGGCCCAAGUACAUCCGCCUCCAACGGCAAAAGGCUGUCCUUCAAAAGCGCCUGAAGGUCCCGCCGGGCAUCAACCAAUUCCGGAUGGCCCUCGACAAGCAGACCGCCACGCAAGCCUUCAAGCUGCUGGCGAAGUACAGGCCCGAGUCCGCCACCGACAAGAAGGACCGACUACGCAAGCGAGCUGUCGCCCGCGCUGAGGGAAGGAAGGAGGAAGUGACGGGCCGCCGCAAGACUGUCCGCCACGGCAUCAACGAAGUAACGAAGCUCGUCGAGCAACGCAAGGCCGGCCUCGUGCUCAUCGCCCACGACGUCGAGCCCAUCGAGAUUGCCCUCUUCCUACCUGCCCUGUGCAGAAAAAUGAAGGUCCCGUACGCCAUCGUCAAGAACAAGGCCUCCCUCGGACGCAUCGUGCGCCGCAAAACGACAAGCUGCGUGGCCCUCGUCGACGUCAGCCCGGAGGACAAGUCGAGCCUGGCCAAGAUCGCCGAGACCGUCAACACGAACUUCAACGAGCGCGGAGACGAGAUUCGCCGACACUGGGGCGGCCACGUGAUGUCCGACCGUUCGAACGCGAAGGCCGCGAAGCUCGAGCGCGCCAAGGUCAAGGAGCAGGUGCAAAAGGUC